AUGAGUUCCUUGUCUGGAAUCUUCAACGACCUCUCAUUGCCGCCGCCGCUAAUUCAAGUACCUGUUCCCAACAUUAACUUCCCAAUUCCCAAUUCCGACUGCAAUUCUGGUCCCAAAUUGCUGUAUUCUUUGGUUGCAUCUUCCCCUGCUCUUCUUAAGUUGUAUCACUCUGCAGACUUGGGCAAAGCGCCGAACCCAACUGCUUAUAAACAUGAUAUAUCAUCAUCUACUUCCGUCCCUGAGGUCUCCUACAGAUGGCAUUUGCCUGAGCCAAAUGCAUUAGAUGUUUCCGGUACCUCCGAUUGUUCAUCAGCAAAGAUGAGGACUGUGGUGGUUUUGCUGGGAUGGUUAGGACCAAAGCAAAAGCAUCUUAAGAGGUAUGCUGACUGGUAUACUUCGCAGGGGUUUCACGCCAUUACUUUUACUUUACCCAUGGCUGAAAUUCUUAAAUACCAGCCUGGUGGUAAAGUGGAAGAGCAUAUUGACUUGCUUGUAACUCAUUUGGCUGAUUGGUUAGAAGAAGAGCCGGGAAAGAACUUACUUUUUCAUACUUUUAGCAACACUGGAUGGUUAACGUAUGGUGUAAUGUUGGAGAAGUUCCAGAAGAGGCACGAUCCUUCAAUAAUGGGCAGGAUUCGGGGAUGCGUUGUGGAUUCCGCACCUGUUGCAGCACCUGACCCGCAGGUCUGGGCCUCUGGUUUCUCUGCAGCCUUUCUGAAAAAGCAUAGUGUAGCAACAAAAGGGACCACCAGAGUAGACGCUAGUGAGUCAGGCAUGGAUGUUUUGAUUGACAGCAAAGGAGUGGCACCUAAACCUGCAGUAACUGAGGCAGCUUUGCUUUUAGUUUUGGAGAAGUUCUUUGAGGUGGUUUUGAAUCUUCUUACAGUGAACAGGAGGCUUUCUGAUAUUUUGGGCUUACUGUCAGCACGACAACCAAGCUAUCUAUGGGACAUAGUUGACAAAGGGUUCUCAACGCCGGAAAAUCCCACCGUGGAGCAAUUACGGCAAGAAAAGAAGGAGAAACAAAGAGAUGCGAAUGCUCUCUACGCUAUUCAACAAGCAGUAGAUGAUGCAAACUUCUCAAGAAUCAUGGGAGCUUCUACGGCGAAGGAAGCUUGGGACAUGUUGAAGGAGGAGUUUCAAGGGACGGCAAAGGUACGUGCUGUUAAACUACAAACAAUGAGGAGAGAUCUAGAAAACUUGAAAAUGAAAGUCUGA